AUGAAUAAGCAAUUGGUGCAGACGCUUCCCUUAGCGAAAGGAAAAGACAUUCAUAAUAGAGUAGCAAAGUUAGCUUUAUACAAGGAGUGUAUUGCUCUUGCCAUGAGUGUUGCCGAUCCUCUUGUACGACAGCACACGUUGGCGGAAGUGCGGGAGAAAUGGACCCGCAGUCGCGGUGACGGCGGGCAGACGCUGCAGUUGCAACUCGCCAGUGCACUCGACCGCAUUGCGUACGGCCGCAUGUGCGUCUCAAAGCAACGCCUGCGUCUUCUCCCCAACGCGAGCGGGCGGUACGACUGGGGCGUCGUCAACCCCCUGCAGCACCACGAGCAGCGCAUCCAACAGCGCGCGGAGAAGACGAGUCCCGAUGCCUUUCCGCACGGCGCGGGGAAGCGGGACUUUGUGCCCAUGACGAACUGGGGCUACGGCAAUAUGGACCCCGAUGCCGUCAUGCGGCAUAAGGAGUUGACCGACCGCCAACAUUUUAUGGGGCCACACUGGCGCAAUAAACCCAAACCAAUGGUUUUAGAGGACCUCAGUUUCGAGGAACAGUUGCAUGUUCAGUUUCAGAGCAAGCCAAAAAUGAAGAAAACACCAAAAAAACAUUACUGA